UCAUCUUACGUCAUGAAAACAGGGCGCGUGUAUGGUGGCGGCAGGUUUAAAGAGUCAGAGUUUGGAGCGCGGAGACAAAGUUCGGGGUAAAACCGCAGAUUGAACGACAGAAAAACAGAGAAUAAUCUGGAAAACCGGGAUGUCCGAGGCCAGCUGUCCGCUGCAGGAGCUGCCCUGCCUGAACGUCCAGAACCCCCCCAGGAGCAAGAGGAAGAGCUGGCUCUCUGGGGGCCUGGGCUCCGAGUCCACCCCCACAGAGCUGCUCCUGCAGCGCUCCCCCAGACCCAAGCAUCCCCGGCUGCUCUCCAGGGGGAAGGAGAACGACUUUGUUCUGGCCCGGAGGUCCAGGAGGAGGAAGCAGUCCUCAUCAGGUGUUUCCUGGGAUCAUCUUCCAGACGAGCUGCUCCUCAGGAUCUACUUCUGCCUCCCGCUGCAGGACCUCCUCCGAGUCUCUGCAGUGUGUAAGCGCUGGAACCGACUGGCGUUUGACGAGUCUUUGUGGCACAGCGUGGACCUGGAGGGUCUGACCCACACGGGCCCGGCUCUACAGCGGGUUCUAAAGACUGGCGUCCGCCGGCUGCGCUGCCCUCGGGCUUUUGUUGAGGAGCUGGAGUUCACAGAACCUGGGCCGCUCCGGCUCGUGGAACUGGAUCUGUCCAGCUCCAUCAUGCCCACCUCGGCUCUGCAGAGCAUCAUCUGCGGCUGCAGGCAGCUGCAGUACCUGAGCCUGGAGGCCCUGCAGCUCUCUGACAGCAUCAUCAGCUGCCUGGCGAAGAAUUGCAGCCUGCUGCAGCUCAACCUGAGCGGCUGCUCCGGGUUCUCGGCCGCCGCUCUGGCCGACAUGCUGGGAUCCUGCUGCAGUUUAGAGCAGCUGAACGUCUCUUGGUGCAGCUUCAGCAGAGAACACGUGCAGAGUGUGGUGAAUCACCUGAGCCCCAGCGUCACGGCGCUGAACCUGAGCGGCUACAGGGAGAGCCUGACGCUGGACGACGUGAAGGUUCUGGUGGAGAGAUGUCCAGACAUUCAAACAUUAGACCUCAGCGACAGCACCCUGCUGAUGGCCGACAGCUUCCCGGUUCUGAAGCAGCUGAAGAACCUGCGUCACCUCUCUCUGAGUCGCUGCUACCACAUCCACCUGGCUGCGCUCUCGGACCUCGGGAAGAUGCUCCCGUCCCUCAGUUUCCUGGACGUCUUCAGCUUCGUGCAGGACAGCCAGCUGGCGGCUCUAAAGAAGGACAUGCCUCACGUCAGCAUCAACUCCAGACCUUUCUCCAGCGUGGCCCGGCCCACUCCGGCCGGCCGGAUCGGCGCCUCUCAGCUGGACCAGACCAUGUGGAACAGGCAGUGCAGACUGAGGGUCCGGCUCUAACCGGAGCCGUGGGACUGUUUCGUUUCGGUGCAGAACUGGUUCUCGCUCCAGUUUCUCUGGUGUUUCUGGGACCAGAGGUCAGAUGUUGAACUCGGCCUCUUGUUCAGCACAUUUUCAGGUUUUAGAGGACGUUUUUAGGAAAACCAAUCGAUGUUGGACUCUAGGUUCUGAUGAUGUUUAUAGAUGGAGGUUCUUGCUGUAAUAAUGACUGAAUGAUGGAAUCACUGUUGACAGUUUUUUAUGGAAAAUGUUUGGUGCCACUGUAGGUUGAAACGUGAUCCAAUUCAUGUGAAAUCACAGAUCAGGAGAUGCACCGUGGCUCCAUUUUAGACCAAUCCAGUUCUUACUUGAAAAUUUUUUUAUUGCCUCUGAAUCUCAAGUAUUAAACCCCAGAAAAAUG